AUGUCCUUCCAACGAGGUGGACGAGGUGCUCCCCGCGGCGGCGGCGGCGGUCGUGGAGGUUUCGGCGGUGGCCGUGGAGGUGGCCGCGGAGGUGGCCGCGGAGGCUUUGGAGGUGAUCGCGGUGGCAGAGGCGGCGGUCGUGGAGGACCUCGAGGAGGAGCUCGCGGCGGUGCUCGCGGUCGUGGAGCUCCCCGUGGCGGUGGCCGUGGUGGUCGUGGAGGAGCCAAGCCCGGUGGUGCUGGAGCCAAAGUAGUCGUGGAACCUCAUCGUCACGCUGGUAUCUUCGUCUCGCGUGGCAAGGAAGAUCACCUUCUUACACGGUCGAUUGCCCCUGGUCUUGAAGUUGUAAGUGUCCACGCCUUGAAGUCCAUCGAGAUCGACUCGCGCGACAACCCAUCUUUUCCCGACCGCGAAUCCUCAACAAUUGGAUACGGCGAAAAGCGAAUCUCCGUCGACGAAGCAAGCAAGGAUGCCGAUGGUGCGUCUGUAACCACCAAAGUCGAAUACAGAAUUUGGAAUCCUUUCCGUAGCAAGUUAGCUGCUGCAGUUAUUGGUGGUAUUGAUAACAUCUUCAUUGCACCCGGAAAGAAAAUUUUGUACCUAGGUGCUGCCUCUGGAACAUCUGUAUCCCAUGUCGCCGAUAUAGUAGGACCUACUGGCAAUGUCUACGCAGGCAAGCAAGCUAUCUCUAUCAUCGAGUUCAGUCAUCGAUCUGGACGUGAUCUUACCACAAUGGCCCAAAACAGGACCAACGUAAUACCGAUUGUCGAAGACGCCCGUCAUCCUUUGAAAUACCGCAUGCUAGUACCUAUGGUCGAUGCUAUCUUCCUCGAUGUUGCUCAGCCCGACCAGGCUAGAAUUGCGCUCUUGAACGCUUCAUUAUUCUUGAAGAUUGGUGGCGGUAUCGUCAUUUCCAUCAAGGCCAACUGUAUAGACAGCACAGCCGCUCCCGAGGCUGUUUUUGCGGCCGAGGUACAAAAGCUGCGCGCAGGUGGCCUUAAGCCUCUUGAACAACUGACCUUGGAGCCUUACGAGCGUGACCAUGCUGUUGUUAUCGGUAGAUACGAAGGAUCGAAGAAGCUUGAAUCGUAAUAUGACAAUAAGACGUAUGGUGGUCCUAUCUUACAUAGGGUGGGUUUUCAUCAGGCACCGGCGAUUGGCGUUAUGGAAUGAUUUGGGCUAUGAUUUUGUCAGAUUCUCGAACAGGAAAGUCCGCACAUAUCUGUCUGAUACCUCUCAGGCUCGGUCUGUCCCCUCGCAAUACAAUGAUGUUUUCAACAGGUCGCAUUAUCCUAUUUUGAGCUCUUUACGGCUGUAUCAUACGUCGUGUUGUAAUUCUUUCGCUAUAUUAGCUUGCCAUAAAAAGAAACUUCAAAAGAGGCUGCGUAGGGUCCGUUAUUUUAUGUCAAGUUUUAAUUCGCAGCUUCGUAACGGACAGGAACUCAGUAUAUGUACGUUGAAUACAACUACUAAAUACUGAGACUUUUGCGGUACAAUAAGCUUCACCUCUCCAAGUUUGUGGAAUCCGGCACUCAUCCAUCACCACUAUUCCUAUCGUCUUGAUACAUCCA